AGGGCAAGUUUUGGACAAGGAGCAUGCCGAGGCUCUCAAGACAUUACCACAUGACGCACCCUGGUAUAGGAUAGCCCUCGUGAAAUAUAGGAGGUUUGUAGGACCUGCAAUAAGCGCAACUGUUGUGUAUUUUCUCUGGCUGGCCUAUAUGAUCAAGUGGAACAUGUGGUACUUAUUCGUGGAACGAUAUGAGAUGUCAAUUACCAUGGUGUUUGGAUCUCUCAUUGCAGGUAUGACAAGCGUUGGAGGGGGAGUUGUGGCGUUCCCUGUCAUGACACUCGUUCUUAACGUGACCCCAAACAUCGCCAGGGAUUUCAGUCUCAUGGUCCAGUCUUGCGGAAUGACAGCCGCCUCCUUUGUAAUCUACUUCAUGGGCAUUCAAGUGGAUUGGAACAGCCUCAUCAUUUGCUCAAUCGGAGGUGUUUUUGGCGCUAUCUUUGGUUUUGAGGUUGUCGAUCAACAUCUGUCUCCGCCAAGAAAAAAGUUCACGUUUACAGCAUUUUGUUUUGCAUUUGGAUUCGCUUUGUUUCUUCUGAAUAGAUAUCGUAAUAGAAGAACAUUUCUAACAGUUCCGUACUUGAACAAAUGGAAAGGUCUUGUUUUAUUUGUAACUUCACUCGUUGGGGGAAUGUUUACUGCUAUUGCCGGCAGUGGAUUGGACAUAGUCAGUUUCAGCGUCAUGACAUUACUGUUCCGUGUAACUGAAAAGACGGCAACUCCAACAUCUGUUAUACUCAUGGGUAUCAAUACUGCAUUUGCUACGUAUUGGAGAUCAGCAAUACAAUACGAUGCUUCAACUGAUGCAUUUCAUUACUUGUUAGUUUGCAUCCCAAUCGUUGUCAUCGGAGCACCUAUGGGAUCUGUUAUAGGUAGCUAUCUACACCGCCUGGUUUUGGCUUCAUUUGUUUACAUCAUCACUACUGCAGCGCUGAUUGGCUCAUUCGUAGUCAUACGACCUUUGACCCCUGAUCUGAUUGGUCUAGCUGUGGGAAUCGUUGUUGGCGGAGGCCUCAUUUUCUUUCUGCUGACGCUGGCUGGAACCAAAAUUUUGAAGCACGUGGAAGAACAAGAGAAAAAAGAAAUCACAAUGGGAAAUAGUGAUAGUUUACCAAAUAGUGUACGGACUGACAAAAUGUUCACAGUUGCAGACAAUGAUACUUCCCCGGUAGAGAAUGGACAUCCGAACAAAGCAUUUCAAGAAAUAUGA